AUGGCUUUCCAACUUCCUCAAUUCCUUACGCGCUUCCUUCGACCACUCAGCACAUCAGCAUCAAUGUCUCUACAACCUGAUUCAUUGGCAGCCAUGCAAUUCCCACCGAGUUCCCAGCGCGCGAUCUUUGCUGGCGGUUGUUUCUGGGGAUUGGAGGAGUUAUAUCGCAAGGAUUGGGGUCAUGGAAAAGGCCUCCUUGACUGCCGAGUCGGAUACACAGGAGGCAGCACCAAAUCUCCGAGCUAUGAAGCCGUGUGCACUGGUCGAACUGGUCACGCCGAGUCGUUGUUGAUUGUAUUUGAUCCUGAAAAGGUCACUUAUAGCCAGUUGGUGGAAUACUUCUUCAAGAUGCACGAUCCUACUACCCUCAACCGCCAGGGCGCAGACACUGGAACCCAAUAUCGGUCGGCAAUCUAUUACGAAGAUGAGGAGCAAUCCAAGAUUGCAAAGGAGAUCAAGGAAAGAGUAGGGAACCAGUGGUACAAGGGCAAGCCGAUUACGACAGAGAUUCUGCCAGCAACACAGUGGUAUGAUGCAGAACCUGGACACCAGGAGUAUCUAAUAAACACGCCUCAUGGUUACCACUGUCCGGCACACUAUGUACGACCAUUACCAGCUCUUUUGUGA